AGUUUUAACAACAAGUGAUUAGAUUGUUCUGCCACCAAACAAACAAAAUGCCAGAUAACUUAGAUACGGAACAGUUUAACGCCGACGAGUUGGAGGCCCCAGAGUGGCUGAAUGCUACGUAUUUGCAAAACAUUCUGAGCACGUAUGAAAGUGCACCAGAAUUGAAGGUAACCGAUCUGAAAAUAUCCCCAGCGAGCGCCCAGGGAGAUCACUAUGCCAGUGUUAUGUUCCGCACCCAAGUGGAAUACACAACCGGGAAGGGCGUGUUCAACAAGGCACUGAUCGUCAAGACAAUGCCCGAGGAGGAGGGACACAAAAAGGAAAUGCUUAGUGAAACCCAUCUGUUUGAAACAGAGAUCGGAAUGUACUCCAAGGUUCUACCAGAGUUCGAGAGGAUAUUGCAGCAGGCGGGCGAUAAUACCAAGUUGUAUGUACCGUGCAUAUUCCAUAGCGUCGAACCACGUCAGGUAAUGAUCUUCGAUGAUCUCGUGCCGUUAGGAUACACUGUCAUACGCGGUCGUUCAGUUAGGGAGGAGGAAGUGCGCUCUGCCCUUUCCAAAUUGGCCAAAUGGAACGCCGUCAGCAUGAAAGUUAACAAUGAGAAUCCCGAGUUUAUCAAGGAAUUUAAGUAUGGUUUGUUCGAUUUACCCACUCUGUUGAAAGAUCCAAUGGUAACCACCGGCAUGGCCAAUUUCAUUGAAAUGCUUGACAAGGUACCUGAUCUCAAGAAGUACAAGCCGCACUUUGAGAAAAUAAAGGACUCUUAUCUGGAGCGCACUCGUGCCGUGAUGGAGGAGUAUCGAGCAGACCCCCAAUCUGAUGGAUAUUACGUGCUUUGCCACGGAGACUUCCAUCUGCGUAACAUGAUGUUCAAGCACAACAAGGAGACAGGGGUCUUUGAGGAUGUGAUGUUGGUGGAUUUCCAGAUCUGUAAUAUAGUCCCCUUAAGCCUUGACUUGAUCUACUCCAUAUAUAUGCUGAUGGAGCCAGAGGAACGCUGGAACCAUGGAAAGGAUAUGAUCAACUAUUUCUUCAACGUUUUGGCGGAUACACUCAAGAAAAUUGGAUACAAAGGCGCCAUGCCCACCCAGGAAAAGCUCUGGCAGCAGAUCCAUCGCCACAAAUUCUAUGACUUCUUCUUGCUUACCACUUUUCUGCCCAUGAUAUUGGCCAUCAAAUCGAAUACCCUUAAGAUGCAUGACAUUAUUCAAGACGCGACAACGCGGCAGAAGGCUUACCUCAUAGAUUCCUACAUUGCAGAUGUAAGGAAACUGUUGCCCCAAUUCGAGAAAAUGGGUUACUUUAAGGAUCUUUAAGGCACAAAAAGCAACGAGCCCAUCUGGUUCUGAUCUAUGUCUUUCGAGUCUCUAUAGAUUACGAGUACUUAAUUUCUUUGAGCACCGUCAAUACGACUCUCAACUGUUUGUUAUCUCUAUAAUGCACUGUGAGUUGGAAAUGAUAAGUAAACAUUAUAUAAGAAAUAAAAGCUGCUCUUCCAAGCAA